AUGCCCAGCUGCACUGCGAUGGCAGUUGGCGCGCUGUCCAGUUCCCUCCUGGUCACCUGCUGCCUGAUGGUGGCUCUGUGCAGUCCGAGCAUCCCGCUGGAGAAGCUGGCCCAGGCGCCGGAGCAGCCGGGCCAGGAGAAGCGCGAGCACGCGUCUCGGGACGGCCCGGGGCGGGUGAGCGAGCUCGGGCGCCCCGCGAGGGACGAGGGCGGCGGCGGCCGGGACUGGAAGAGCAAGGGCGGCCGCGGGCUCGCCGGGCGGGAGGCGUGGAGCAAGCAGAAGCAGGCCUGGGCCGCCCAGGGCGGGGGCGCCAAGGCAGGGGACCUGCAGGGCCGGGCCCGCGGGGACACCCCGCAGGGGGAGCCCCCGGCUGCCGCCGCCGCCGCCGCUGCCGCCGCCGCCCAGGACGCGGCCGGCCCGGACCUGGCGCCCACGCCGGAACCGCCGGAGGAGUACGCGUACCCGGACUACCGCGGAAAGGGCUGCGUGGACGAGAGCGGCUUCGUGUACGCCAUCGGGGAGAAGUUCGCGCCGGGCCCCUCGGCCUGCCCGUGCCUGUGCACCGAGGAGGGGCCGCUGUGCGCGCAGCCCGAGUGCCCGCGGCUGCACCCGCGCUGCAUCCACGUCGACACGAGCCAGUGCUGUCCGCAGUGCAAGGAGAGGAAGAACUACUGCGAGUUCCGGGGCAAGACCUACCAGACUCUGGAGGAGUUCGUGGUGUCUCCGUGUGAGCGGUGCCGCUGCGAAGCCAACGGAGAGGUGCUGUGCACAGUGUCCGCGUGUCCACAGACGGAGUGUGUGGACCCCGUGUACGAGCCUGACCAGUGCUGCCCCAUCUGCAAAAAUGGUCCAAACUGCUUUGCAGAAACUGCUGUCAUCCCAGCUGGAAGAGAAGUGAAGACGGACGAGUGUACCAUAUGUCACUGUACUUACGAGGAAGGGACGUGGAGAAUUGAAAGACAGGCCAUGUGCACGAGGCACGAAUGCCGGCAGGUGUAGACACGGGGCAGUACAAAACAGACGUUUUUCUAGAAUAUUUUACAGACGUGAACACUCUAGAUGACUCUGGGGAAUGUCAUCCAAAAGGAGAAGACUUUUGAUGAGGAGUGUGCAAAGUUGUGCGUACCUUUUGCGCUUCUCGGUAACCGUUUCCUUCAGAAGAAGGAAAUGGGUCUAUUUCAAAACGUCCACAAGAACUUUGG